GAAAACAUUGUUUAUUAUUACAAGACGACGCGGGAGCACAGCAGCAGAUCUGUCUUAUUUCACUAUGUCUGACGUGGAUGAGGAUGUGGUUGCGGCGUCUGAUGACGAGGAGAUGAUGACAGCGCCAGAGGUCCUUCAGAGGCUAGAGGAGGCAUGGAUCAUAGAGAGGAUGUCACCUACACUGGAGCGCCACCAAACUGACCUUGUUGACUGCAUGCUUGACCAGAUUAACCAGAUGACAGAGAACCUCAAGAGAUGCAAGAAGCAAGAUUUUCGGGCAGCUGUACAUAAGAUGGAGAUUGACCGGAUACGUUACGUUUUGAGCAGCUACCUUCGUGUGAGGCUAGAAAAAAUUGAAAGAUAUGCUCAUCACCUUUUAGAGAAGGAUGCAUCAGUUAAAGACCAAUCAGAAACAGUUCUGUCACCUGAAGAAGCAUCUUAUGCCAAAGAGUAUGUAUCUAGCAUGGAAUCACACUUCCAGAAAGUUGUACUGCAACAGAUGCCUGAAAUCAUUCGUGGUUUUGAUGCAGUCAAAGAGUGUGUGAGACCAAAUUUGGAGAGUUACAUUUUUCUCAAAGUGAAGGAAGCUACUCCUGGGGUCCUUUUGGAAGAUGACACAGGGGAUGGAAGAGAUGAAGAGGUGGAUCUAGAAGAGGGAAGCCAGUACCUGAUGCGCUACAAUACUGUGAAGGACCUUCUACAGUCCGGGGCAGUUGUGUUCAUAUGAUGGAAUGUGUUUUACCUGUCAUGUCAAGGUAGCAUGUAAUGACUGCAUCGUAAUACUUCCAUAUGGUUCAUCUUAGAGAACGUACCAGGUUCAGUAAAGUCAUCACUGACAAGCAUUCUUAAGCUGAACUUCAUUAUUACAUUUGGCUCAUAAAAUUUAGAAUUAUAUUGCUCUAUAUUGUAUAUAUAUUUUUUAUACUGUUACAUUCUUUGCAUUGCCUUUAGCAUUAUUUGUGCUGUGGUGGUGAGGGUGCUCCAAACCCUGCUCAAAAUCUGAAGAAGUAUGGGAUUAGUUUUUACAAUAUUAAGUAUGUUAGAGUACCAGUUGUGCUAUAUAUUUAAUAAAAAUAACAUUUUCUCUA